AAGGACCAUGGCUUGAGCAGCUGAGCUCAACGCGCGGCCUCAAGAGGAAGCUUUCGCGGCUCGAUUGGUAGAUAGGGACGCCAUGGAGCUGCUUCCUCUGCUUCUUGCCUGCUCCCUCCUGUUCACGGUCGCAACUCCUGCCCGGGACAUCCCCAGCGUCUGCGCUUCGCAAAUCAGCGAUUUCCCGCACCGGAACAGCUCCGGCCUCCACCUGACGCUGCACCACCCGCAGAGCGCCUGCUCACCGGCGCCGCUACCCUCCGACCUCCCCUUCUCCACCGUCCUCACCCACGACGAUGCGCGCGCUGCCCACCUCGCCUCCCGCCUCGACACCAAUAAUGACGCGCCGCCCCGCCGCCCGACGUCGCUCCGCAGCAAGAAGAAGGCCGCCGGCCACCUCGACGACUCCCUGGCCUCCGUGCCGCUCUCGCCGGGCGCGUCCAUAGGCGUGGGGAACUACGUCACCCAGCUGGGCCUCGGCACGCCGGCCACUUCCUACGCCAUGGUCGUCGACACGGGGUCGUCGCUCACGUGGCUGCAGUGCUCGCCGUGCGUCGUGUCGUGCCACCGCCAGGCCGGCCCGCUCUUCGACCCCAGGUCCUCCAGCACCUACGCCUCCGUGCCGUGCUCGGCGUCACAGUGCGGCGAGCUCCAGGCCGCCACGCUCAACCCGUCCGCCUGCUCCGUCUCUGGCGUCUGCGUCUACCAGGCCAGCUACGGCGACAGCUCGUUCUCCGUCGGCUAUCUCAGCAGGGACACCGUCUCCUUCGGCUCCGGCAGCUUCCCCGACUUCUACUACGGGUGCGGCCAGGACAACGAAGGCCUCUUCGGCCGCUCGGCGGGGCUCAUCGGCCUCGCGCGCAACAAGCUCUCCCUGCUCUACCAGCUCGCGCCCAGCCUCGGCUACUCCUUCUCAUACUGCCUCCCGACGUCAGCAUCGACGGGGUACCUCACCAUCGGGUCCUACAACCCGGGCCAGUACACGUACACGCCCAUGGCGUCGAGCUCCCUCGACGGCUCACUCUACUUCGUCACCCUCUCCGGGAUGUCGGUCGGCGGGAGCCCACUGGCGGUGUCGCAGUCGGAGUACGGCAGCCUGCCGACGAUCAUCGACUCCGGCACGGUGAUCACGCGCCUGCCGACGGGCGUGUACACGGCGCUGAGCAAGGCGGUGGCCGCGGCCAUGGGCGGGGCGCCGCGCGCCCCCGCGUUCUCCAUCCUGGACACGUGCUUCGAGGGCCAGGCGUCGCAGCUGCGCGUGCCGGCGGUGAGCAUGGCGUUCGCCGGCGGCGCGUCACUGAAACUGGCGACGAGGAACGUCCUCAUCAACGUCGAUGACUCCACCACGUGCCUGGCGUUCGCGCCCACGGACAGCACUGCCAUCAUCGGCAACACGCAGCAGCAGACGUUCAGCGUCGUCUACGACGUCGCGCAGUCCAGGAUCGGCUUCGCAGCCGGAGGCUGCAGCUGAAGGGUGAACUGCACUGCACGGCGCGCAUGGAUGUGAUGUGAGCUAUGGCCUGUCAGCUCAAGCAUGGUAAUUAAUUGGAAAUGCAUACAAAUGUAAAUUCAUUCAAGUUGAUGAAGACUGCAGUAUUACAAGUUACAGUACAUUGUCGAUUUUAUGCUCCUGCAAAGUGUACAUCAUUUAUAGGUAAACGGGACUGUUCUGAAUUUCUACAGCUCGUUGGAAGUGCCUACAAUUGUAAGGUAAAAAGGAACAGAAAUGUAAUGCCAGACGAUUUGGUCUAUCCAUUAUAUAUGUUAACUCA